AUGGACAUUUCGGAUUUCGACCGCUCCAGAAUCUACCUGAGCUGGGAAGUGAACGGCAAAUUUCAUAGUGAUGGCCGCGAGGUUGCCCUUCUCGAGUACAUUUACAACCGUCCCGACAUUGACCAGCUUCGUGGGAACCCACAAAAGGUCCUACAGGCCAUCGAUGACUUUGCCCGCUCUGUCACCGGCCUAAUCAACAUUGGCGAGACGAAAGGUGCUGUUGUCACGGACCUCAUUGCCCAACAUAAGCCUGACACCAUCCUCGAGCUGGGCGGCUAUGUCGGUUACUCUGCCAUCAUGUUUGGCGAUGCCCUGAGAAAAGCUGGCGGAAAACAAUACCAUAGCGUCGAAAAGAGCCCCCUCUUUGCCGCUGUUGCCGCAAGCCUCGUCGACUUGGCUGGCCUCAGGGAUGUCGUCAGGAUCACCGUCGGCACCGGUGCCGAGGGUACUCAACGCCUUUACGAUUUGGGAGUGCUCAAGUCCCAGCUUGCCAUGGCCUUCUUUGACCAUCACAAGCCAAGCUACACCAGUGAUCUAAAGCGGUGCGAGAGACUGGGUCUUGUCGGUCCAGGCACCGUCUUAGUCGCCGACAACAUGAUCUUACCGGGGAAUCCACCAUAUGCUGAGUGGGUUAGAGCCGGUGUUGCCAAGAAGCGAGAGCUUGACAAGAAUUCCGAAGAAAAGGGUAACCCUAAUCUGCAAUACAAGAGCAGGUCCAUCAAGAGUUGGGAGCCGAGUGGCCAUGAAGACGCACUGGAGAUAACCGAGUGCGUGGGCAUUGAAGCUUGA